AUGAUCGGGCUAGAGAAGAUGAAGGCCAGGUCUGGUGAGGUAUCACAGUCUGCGCGUGCCCUUCUGCGUGAAGACAUGCACCGCCUCAAUGACUACUGCAUGAAUGCUACUUGCAUGCCUGAGGAGAGAAGGUGGGGAGUCGUUCGCUAUGCAGCCUAUCUCUUUGCGUGGCUGAUGCUGCUUCAAAUCGAGGAGGUAGUCACCCUUGAAUUUUCGAGUGUUGAGAUCAUUCCAGGCGAGCGAGCGUAUGUCGAGAUUCGCCUCAAGACCCGUAAAUCUGCACAGACUGGUGUCCUGCACACUUGGCGCCUGUGGGCAAAUGAUGCUGACCCGAGACUUUGCCCUGUGCGAGCUCUUAUCCGGAUCGCAUGCCUCUAUGGUUCUCGUGUGCCACUGAGGGGUCCCCUCUUCUUGCGCAUCGGGAAGUUUGGUGACAUCCUGCUUGAUCAGCCUGUGUCCACCAGCAUUCUUAGCCGUGCCCUGACAAGUGACCUUCAGGGACUUGCAUACUCAUCCUGGGCACUCUAUGGUACACACUCAUUCCGACGACAUGGCUGUCAGCACCGCAUCCGCAACUGCAACUUCGACGUGAGCAUGGUUGCUGCCUGGGGUGGCUGGUCACAGGUCGAGGCAUUGACCAUGUUCCGUUACUUCUACUCGCCCAAUGACAACCACGAGCACAUGGUUGAGUACGACCGUAACGAUAAAAAGCGGGCGAAGUUCUAA